AGCGUCUCUGUUCUACUCUCUCGGUACCUGAGUGAUGCGAGCAGCUGCUGAGAGUUUUUGUUUAUUCAAAUUCACAUAUACAUCUACACAAAUCCGCACAAACAAGUGUACCGAGCAUUUACAUAAAUCACACCUGUGAUUCACUCUGCCUCUGGGGACAUGUGCUAGGGAUCAUGGUGUAGUGAUCAUGGUAUAGUGAUCUGUUGAUAUGUUGAGUUAUGACUUUUAGUAUCUGUUGAUUAGGUUUUGAUGUGAUGAGUUGUUGUUAAAGUAGCUCACUAUUACUAGUAGUCUCCACUCUGCUGUUCAGCCUUAUUGGUGUUACUGGUUUGAGUAACUGGUAUAAAGCUUGUAAGAUCUGUAAACCAGUACAGGAGUUUAUAUGUUGUAAAUCAGAAGGUGUGUUUUUAGCAUUACAUACAAAAUCUCCUUUCUUAAGGCAGAAAUAAAGACUGGAAUCUUAGACAGAUGGGAAAAUUCUCACUGCAUUAGAAAUUAAUUCACAGCUGUAUUAGGAAAUCUAAAUCACUGUGUGAAUCUGAUUACUUGCUCUUGGACAAAUCCAGUUAAUAUUCAGUGCAUAAUAAUAAUCCUUAAUCGAAAAUUUCACCUUAAACUGCAGUGGAAUUCUGUCUGAUAACAGAGCGAGAGAAGACGUGUGUAACGUUUAACAAACACUAUUCACCUGAGUAUGUUACCUAUAUCUAAAUCUCUCUACAGUCCCCCGUAUCUGAAAAUAAUUAUAGCUGUUAUUAUUACUAAGCAUAUUAAGAAUACUUUACUAAGAAUAAGAAUACUUAUUAAUUAUAAUAUGAAAAUCUCAAACAAUUAGAGCUUUAUCAGUAAAGGAGCUACACCUGAUAUAAAUCAGCAAAAUCUCUACACAAGUCUGUAUAAGAACCAGGAAGAUCUGAACCUUUAAUACGAUUUAAUAAGAUUUAAUACAAUGUGCUUCUAGGAAUAGAGAACUUCAAAACAUUGAGCUUCAUAACCUGCAAUUUGGGAAAAAAAUAUUUUAAAAUAAACUGCAGUAAAUUAUAUCAAUCCUAAAAGCACACCUUUGAAUAAUGAGCAGCUGCUGUUUGCAUAAAGCUGCUCUAUUGGACAGAAAAACACAAACAGCUCAGAGGAGACCAAUCCCACAGUCUGAAAGUGUCUGAACUUCAGAAUCUCAGAGUCUCAGACUGACGACAGAGCUGUAACUCAUCUCUACAGAACCAUUUCUUGUCCAGUCAGACAGUAUGACAUCACUUCUCUCCCCUGCUCUGCUAAUAACCAUCAUCUCAAUGAUUUCACUGAGUUUUGUGAUUUCUGACCCGUGUUAUAACUACACUGUGCUGGAUGAUCCGUGGAGAUCCACCAACGUCUCCAGUUCUUUGACCCGAAUGUGUGAUCAGUCAGUGAAGUGGUCCGGGUGGUACCGCCUCAUGCUUCUGGGUCAGGACGUCCGGAUGCCGGAGUCGUGUGUCGGUAUUAAUUUAUGCGGUACUGAUGCUCCACUGUGGCUCAGCGGGAUUCACCCGGAGCUGCUGGAUGGAAUCGUCACUCGCGAGGUCUGUGGAAACUGGAACUCCGACUGCUGCCACUUCAAAUCCACCCCGAUCCGAGUGAAAGCGUGUCCCGGUGUUUAUUACGUCUAUGAGUUCGUCAGUCCGUCGUCCUGCUAUUUAACGUACUGCGCAGAUAUUUCUACAGCAAAACCAGCAGUAAACUUUCCAGCUCCUAUUAAGCAUCUUGCUGGACUCAGGAUGAGACUUUCCUCUGCUAAUGAUGUUACGCAAUUGCCCAACAGAGAUAUAUUUGUGAGUCAGUUUAAAGACGGACUGGUGGGAAAAGGUCUGCCCAGAAAUAUAACAGUUCAGCUGAAGGACAUUUCAACAGAGAAGAAGAUCCUUCCACCCAAACACAGUUCUGGAACCUGUUAAACCUUCUUCCUCCGAUUCCUUACAUCAGUCUUUUUAUGCAUUAUGAGAUAAUUUGUAUUUCUAUCUGAAUAAAGCAGUAGCAUUAUGCAGCAGAUCAGCUUUACCUCCUUAACACUUUAAAACUCUGUCUAAAUUAAAGUGAUCAGUGAAGAGAAGCUGCAGUUAAACUCUUUUACUGAUUUACAUCACAGAACAUCAUCAUCUUAACUACACUAAACAUCAUUAAACAUCACAUCUACGGUAGGAUUCUGAUUAAGCUGUGAUUCUGCAGGGUUUCUCAUUCUUUUCUUCAGGGUUUGGUUACAGAAACUUUGAGAAAGUAAAGCUCUUACUGUGGAUCUGCUGAGAAAACUCUAAUAAAUCAGAUCAAGUCCAAUUAA